ACCCUUUCUCACUCUCCAGCUGAGAGAUCAUCUCUGCGUUUUUCGUCCGAGGCGUUUCUCGCACAGGAUGUUGAUGAUAUACUGGAAAGCCGGGUAAGAUCAUAAAGUCAGUUCUCUGAUGAGAACGACCUCUUCCUCCCCGUCUCUCCAAGGGAACAACAAGUACUUUUCCUCCUGCUUCACCUCCAGCACACCUUUGUUUUUCCUGGAAUGCCAUUGAGGAGCAGAGGGGGCUGUGUGAAAGAUAAAAUGGAUCACUUUGCAGCAGAGUGCCUUGUUUCUAUGUCCAGUCGCGCAGUGGUUCACGCACCGAAAGGUAACAGGGAGAUCAAGCCGGAAACCCAAUCCUCCUCCUCCAGGAACGGAGAGGACAUAAAGGAGGUGAUGGAUAACUCCUCGCUUUUUGUGGUGGCACGGAUCCUGGCGGAUUUCAACCAGCAGACUCCCGACGUUGCUGCCGAGCAGGCAGCGAGAAUAAAGGAUGAGAGAGAGGAUGGAAACUCUGCCACACCUACCGCCGGCCCCGAUCCUGCGCUCAGACAAAGAGGCAAAAGAUCGAGAGGUCGAACUGAGCAGGAAUCACCUCAGAAAAAGCACAAAUGCCACUAUUCUGGUUGUGAAAAAGUUUACGGCAAAUCCUCCCACCUCAAAGCCCACCUUAGGACACACACAGGCGAACGGCCCUUCCCGUGCACCUGGCCUGACUGCAGUAAGAAGUUUGCUCGCUCCGACGAGCUCGCUCGCCACUACCGCACCCACACGGGGGAGAAGAAGUUCGGCUGCCCCCUCUGCGACAAGCGCUUCAUGCGCAGCGAUCACCUGAUGAAGCACGCCAGGCGCCACUCUGAUUUCCAGCCCGGCAUGUUGAAGAGGUCUCACGGCAGUGGGGCCACGCGCCCCGGCUCCCUCAGCGACUACAGCCGCUCGGACGCCUCCAGCCCCACCCUCAGCCCCGCCAACUCGCCUUAAACUGAAACCUGGUCGCACUUUUUCAGGCCCUCCAGACUGGGGAGGCCUUUAUUUUCAUCGUAACACUUUUGUUGCACAGUUGACAGCAAUCCAACCCCCUUCCCCCUCUCCUCCCUUUUUGCUAUUCCUGCGCUCGCUGUGGUGUACCAUACUGUACAUAAGUGCUUAUUGUAGUGCAAUUACUUGUGUGAUCCUAAAAGAAGAUAAUGCCUUCCCCAGAUGGCGAUAUCUCCCAUUCUGUACCACAUGUCUGUAUUUUUUAAGCCUCUGCUCAUGGCUAAUUGUUUAAUGUCAAUGUUCACAGUCUAGAAGAAGAAAAAACAGACAAACACCCUGAUGAGUCUUAUCAAAAUGUUUUUCAAAUGGAUUAGGAGAAGGGGUACACACAUACACCUCAGGAUCGAAGACAGUUGCUCUUUCUGUCAUAGUACUCACAUUGACUGCACAAUAUACUCAUCACUUUACUCUAAAAUUCAACGGAAGUUGGAUUUUACACCCUGCUCAGGGAUGGCCUUGUUAGCUUGAACGAAUGAACGCGGUGAAGAGGAAACAUACAUAACGUCGCAGCCUUACACUCAAACACAAUUUGCACUCGACGGUCACGACACAAACCUUCUGUUCCCUCUCAUGAUCGAUGGGGAGUUAAUUUGUAGUUUCAUUUUUAUGUGUGUGUGUGUGUGUGUGUUUUGUUGAGAGAACGAUCCCCGCCUCGGAAAACAAAAUCAUCCACUCCCAUCUUGCUCUGGCGUGACACUGGUCUGGGUUUUCCAUGUUUUUUUAAUGAAGCGGGACGUUUAAAAGCAGCUGUUUGUUUAACAAAAUACCCAAUCAGCACGUUUCCCCCAAAAAAAUGGAGAAAAAAAAGUUGAAACAAGGUUAAUUCAUCUUUUAAGCACAGAAAUGGAAAGAAAAUACCAAAGAAAAUGGUGAAUGAAAGCUUUUUAUUCAGCUCUGGAAGCCAGGUUGAGCCAGUGGCUACUCCCGAGGAAACAGCUGCACCCUUCGCAGCUUUCUGCUAGCACGCUGCUCCCCGGGGAGUCCUCCCUCAUCCGGCUCUACCUGUCCUGUCAGAAAGUAGAAAAGCUCAGAGCCAGAAAAAAACAUCAGCCUGAAGUCGGAGGCCAAACGCCGGGUGAAGAGUUGAAAGAUCCGAGCCAAGCUGAGGGAACAAAACCAGAUAUCAGCAACAAACAUGCGAGAGAGGGCAGGCCCUGAUAAAAGAGGAGAGGUUUAUCAUGAGCUGAGUAGCACAAAGGAGGAGACAAACAGCCCCAUUUCCUCCUCCUUUCUCCUUAAUCACCCACUCCUCUUCCUCCCUGCAACUGCAGCAGAAAAAAAAUGGCUGUCAUUAGUGACUUGAUCUAAACUCCAGGAUAGGAGGAACAUUUUUUAAAAGUGCAAAAGCCUUUUGUGUGUCAGCA